UGGUACUAAGAUUAGCAAUUACUACAUUCCGUUAAUUGGUUAAAGUAUUGACUGUGGUUAUUAUCGUGUAUUUAUUAACUACAUACAAGUAUUAUAAUUUAACCGUUGUUAUGCCGUGUUCGCGUAAACCAUCAAAACCUGACGAAGAGAACUCUUAUGAAAUAGACAGAUAUCUUUUGUCGGAAAGAAAGGUAUGGCAAGAAGCCGUAAAACUACUUCUUCUGGGAACUGGAGAAUCAGGAAAAACUACCAUCAUAAAGCAAAUGAAGAUCAUACAUAUAAAUGGAUUCUCAGAUAAAGAAAAGAAAGAACAAACCGUAUACAUCCGCUACAAUUUACAUGAGGCAAUUUACACAUUAGUUUAUCAUUUGGAUAAAAUUUCACCUCCUUUAGUGCUAGCCAAUGAGGAAAGUAAACCUGCCGCAGCUUUUAUCCUGGAACUUGGUCCCGACAGACUUGACGAAUAUACUAAUGAUUUUUAUGAUAAUGUAAGGAUCCUUUGGAGAGACGAGGCUAUAAAAAGAAUCAUCAAUCGCUCCAAUGAAUUUCAACUAAUAGAUAGUGCAUCAUAUUUUUUAGAUCGUAUUGACGAAAUUAGUGACCCAAAUUAUAUUCCGUCUGUACAAGAUAUUUUACAUUGCCGUAUGAAAACUGUCGGCAUUUCGAAAAUAGAAUUCACGGUGCCAUACAAGGGGAAAAAGAUAAACUUUUGGAUGUUUGAUGUAGGCGGUCAACGCGGUGAAAGAAGAAAAUGGAUCCAGGUAUUUGAAGGAAUUCAAGCAAUUCUAUUUUUGAUAGCAGCGAGUGAUUUUGAUCAGAAAUUAAGAGAGGACGAAGGAACUAACAGACUUGCCGAAGCUUUUGAAGUAUUUCAGACAAUGUUUUGGAGCAGGUUCCUUGAAGAUUCUGGCAAAAUAGUUUUCUUAAAUAAACAAGACCUCCUAAAGACAAAAAUUGAUAACGGCCAUAAAGUGGAAGACUACUUUCCUGAAUUUAAAAAUUUUGUUUUAUCGGAAAAGCUAGGAAAUCCGAACAGUUACUAUGACAGAGCAAAGUUCUUCAUGAAAAAUAAAUUGCAUUCGAUAGCUUCUACAAAGCCAUCUCCUGAAACGGUGGGUUUGUUACCAGGGGUUCAUGUUCAAGCUGAAAGGGAAAGUCAGGCACUUUACACCCAUUUUACUAUUGCCACAGACACCAAUAACAUAAAACUUGUAUUUAAUGAUGUCAAAGAUAUGAUUCUUACAAAAAAUUUACAAGCCGUUGGUUUAAUAUAAAGAACUAAAUAAAAGUUAGAUAAUUUAUUGCUUUAAUAAACGAACAAAAGAUGUAUAAAUAUCAAUGAAUAAUUAGCAAAAUAAGAAACGUCCCUAAAAGUACCAAAUAUUUCGGGGAUCAACAGUAAUGUCGUAACAACAACGGCGAAAUAUAUACUUUAAGACCAAGAGACAUUCGUUUCUUUAAGCGAAGGUUUACGUUUAGGCUUAGCAUAAUUAAUAUGCUGUUCAUACUAGACGGUGCUUCCGUUAUGCCAUAAUCACAUUAUCGAUUGUCUACUGUAUUUCUAACAAUUUUUUAAUUUUGAAAUGUAAACUUCAAAAAAGAAAACAAUUGUUCACUCCAACACCCUUUAUUACGUUAUUUCACACUUUUACAUUAAAUCCAAAUUCGCCUUAGUGUUAGUGUAUCUAAUCAAAUUAACUAUCAACUUUAUUAUGGACAAGUAAUCGCAUAAAAAUUAAUUGCAAGCAUUGUACAAAAAACCUUAUUUUUGUGUACCUAACUCAUAGUUGUUAUGCUUUUAAUGGGCAAGUUUUUUAUACUAGUAUUAUUUUAAUUAAACUACGUAUGAUGUGCUGAUGAGAACUAAUAUGUUCAAAAUCACAACCCACGUCUGGUAGUCUCAAUAAAUUACUGUGACCAACAUCCUUUAUCAAUAAAUUUAAAAUACUCGACUACAAAAAUAAUGUCUUGUAAUUGUUUAAUUAGAGUUAUUUCACCUUUUAAAUAUAAAAACAUAAUUAUUGUACUGUUACAAAUAAAGAACAAAUAGCUUGUUAUUUCUUAAUAUUAACCACACUACCACGUUUUUAUGAGUUUAUCUAGAUUUUCUAUUCCACUUUGUAGAAAAACAAUAUUUACAUCUUAACUGUAAUUAUAAUAAAGUCUAUAAUUGGCAAUAAAAAAAAAAUCUGUCUAAAUACUACGAUGUGCUCUUUUUACCAACGAUUGUUUUAACACAAUAUUGAUGCACAAUUUUUAGUACAUGUACAACACCCCUUUACAAAUGAGAAAGAGCAAAUCCCCAAAAUAAUAUUUAAAAAAAAUACAAAAUUAAUUAGUAAUUUGAACUAUUAUUUCUUUCUUAAUUAAAUAAUAUUAGCAACUAAAAUUAAUUAUUCCCCAU